AUGCUAGCGAUGAGUUCUAACCGUUGGCGUUACUUUGACUUCAUCCUUUCUGGAUUAUUAUUUCUUUAUGCCAGUGUUAAGCUCACAAGUGCUGUGCUGUUCUUUCCUCGUGGCGGUUCCAUUGGAUUAUUAUCUGCCGUGGCCAUUCCCUUGGACCUGACGUAUCGCAAUGUGUACAUGGCAUUUAACUUUGAGUCCAACUAUGGUUUGCCAUCAAAUAACUCAUAUAAUGAGUGGAUUGAUAGGUGGGAUCUGGAUGAGGGAUUUCUGGGCAUUGGCAGCGAUGUGACGCCCAUAGAUGGACGCAAUGAUGACCAUGAUAAUGAUAAGGACCACGACAACGAUAACCUAGUGAAACGUUCAACUGGACAACCGCCUCGCUUUACGCGUCACGACUUCUAUCGCGCGAUUGUUAACUAUCUGGGUCAGUAUGGAUACAAUGGCAGCGCCUGUUUGCUGCGUACCAUCUGUGAAGUGAGCGCCGAGCCGCUGGAUGUCCACAACGGCGUAUUGGGCAGCAUAUUCAAAAUUCUGUUCAUGCCAACGACAAGCGCCGCCGAGUUGCGACUUCAGCACGUGGACAGCAUCUAUGAGGCAUCCGAGUUGGGCACGCGCUACUCGGACUGUGCUGAUUACGUGGCUGGAUGUGCACACAGCAUGCUGGACAUGAUAAGCGUUUUGCUCUAAAUCUAAUGUGUGCAUGCCUGCACUUAGAGAAUGCAUUUCGCACCGACUACAUUACACCAAUGUUCUUCAAUGAAACUAGAGGAUUCUGAAAUUUUGUUUGCUCAUAAAUAAUUAAAAUACGUAUGUAAAUUAUUAUUAAAAUAAGAAUUAAAAAAAAAAAGUAACGCACGUCUAAGAAAAUUCAGUUAAACAGGAAGAAAUUUCCAAUCUAUUUUGUCAGCCCAAUUUACCAUAAAUAUUUAUUGAACAUAUUUGAAGACAAACGACAAAAUGAAACUCAAUUAUAAUGCAAAAGUUUCCCACUUAACAUAUGUUGUGCAGAAUUUCAUCAUAGAAAAAAACUUCGCACUCAUAAUGAAAUUAAAAGCGUUUGCUUCAAAAUACUUCAGUAAAAAUCUAAGCGCAAAUGAAAUUUACCUAAA